CACCAACCAAUGACGAGGGUCACACAUUACCUAUUCGCCGUCGCACACAAGCAGCUGUCUGAAAUAUCCAGCACGACCCCCAUGACUUAGUGUACAUAGGAUGUGUUUGAGUCCCCUGACCUCAACACCAGCUGUGUCCGCCCAUCCCAUCAACAGCCAACCAACAGCAAAGUAGGACCAGCACUUCAAUCAAGCCCACAGCCCACAGCCACUGACCCAAACAAAAACAAGAGAUUGAAAACUUCCCACACAAAAUAAUCAGAUUGGCCUCACAGCUCGCUGGGCAGAGCUUGAUAGUGUGGACUCAUUGCUUAGUGUGUGCUGGCUGCUGGAGAGGGUGCACCUGAUCUAGGAGUAUAUGUAUUAGCAGGAACCGACCAAAAUUCCCUGAUACCAGGAAAAAUAACACGUCUUAAAUCAGCAAACUUCCUGUGGGACCAUCCUAGGCUGGUUUUUGCUACAGACCAGCUGUCUGGGUUCUUGCAGUGAUUCUGUGUCAACGGAAGAAAACCUUGGAUAAAAAGUAGCAGUUGUCAGCAUCUUCUCUGUGAAGUUAAGUGUGUUUGUGAAAUUUGGAAGUUUUUCCGCGUUUUUGAAAGCAGGAAAGAUCUCCUCUGGGUUAUUCUAAGGAAUUUCUGUCAAUGUCUGUUUGACUUGGAACUUAAAUCUCCUGGAUUCAAUUUCACAGCAAGUUUUAAGCUGACAAGAUGGCACCUCGAAACAGACGAGCGGACAACGGUUGUUGCAGUCUGCUGUUUCUACGAUAUGUCUUGUUUGUCUUCAACGUCCUUUUCUGGGCGACUGGUCUGGCGUUCCUGAUCAUGGGGAUAUGGACAAUUAUCAACAAGCACCGUUAUGUGGGUCUCCUUGGCAACAACACCUACCCUGCCACCACCUUCCUCUUCCUCGCCAUCGGCACCAUCAUCAUCUUCGUGGGAAUCCUCGGAUGUCUCGGCACCGUCAAAGAUAACCGAUGCUGCCUCGUCUCGUACGCGUUCUUGCUGCUGGUGAUCUUCCUGCUGGAGGCUGUAGCUGGGGUGCUGGCCUACAUGUAUGAAGGAGCGAUCCGAGAAGAGUUGACGAGGAACCUGAAUCACACCAUCAUCAACAACUACAACUUCUACAACAGCAUCACAGACGCAGUCAACGACAUGCAAAAGGAGUUCCAGUGCUGCGGCGCCGGCUCCUACAAAGACUGGCACUACUCACGCUGGCUGAAGAUGGACACGGCCACGGAGAACGUGGUGCCGGACAGCUGCUGCAUCUCCCCCACGCUGCGGUGCGGCAAGAGUGACUCCCCCUCCAACAUCUACUGGAAGGGCUGCUCUCCCCGGCUGGAGGAGUCCGUCAAGAAGCACCUGAUUCUGAUUGGUGGGAUAGGACUUGGCCUGUGUUGUAUACAGAUAUUUGGUAUAAUAUUCGCCUGCUGCCUGGCUCGGAAGAUUAAAGAAAGCAAGGAGGGAUACUGACAAUCAAAGAAGAAGGUCAGAUGGUCUGAAUGUCAACAUAGUGCUAUAGAUUGACAGGCCAGAUGAUCGAACAGAGCUAGCCAUGGCUGAUAUAUCGACAAGUUUGCGUCCAUGCUUCCUAACAAUAUCUUCAUAUAACAAGUGCUAUUUUAUCAGAGGAAGCCCCUGUUAAAAGUAAAUGUCCAUAGAUUUCCACAUUUGUACUUGUAGAAGAUAGUUAUUGUAAACAAUAUGCUGUUGAAAUGCUGUUACGUCCAAUGUGAUUGUCACACAGAACAAGGUGUAUCUUGUGUCUUUUUUAUGAGUUUGUUUCCAGUGAUUUUAUGAAUGCUUCACGGUAUUUGUUCCCUUGAUGAUAGGAAUAUGUUGCAGUAAGUAAUGGGUGCCAAUAGUGAUUCAAGGUUGGUGCAAGAAUGUGUUUCCCAGACAUACGAAUCAUGUCAGUUGUUUCUAGUCAAAUGCUUCGUGUUGUAAACAACUGUGGCUUAAACAGUAUGGCUAGAUUGUAGCUACGGAUAGGGUGAGGUGAUAGAAGUGGGGGUGAGGUGAUAGUAAUGGGGGUGAGGUGAUAGAAGUGGGGGUGAGGUGAUAGAAGUGGGGGUGAGGUGAUAGUAGUGGGGGUGAGGUGAUAGAAGUGGGGGUGAGGUGAUAGAAGUGGGGGUGAGGUGAUAGUAGUGGGGGUGAGGGAUAGUUGUGGUAAGUUCACUUUGUCGACAGGGCAAUCUUAAAAUUAUGGAACCCCUGUCUCUGAACAUAGACUUUAAACAGCCGUAAUUCACCCUCUUAGACAAAGGAUAUCUUGUAUAUCACUGCUUUGUUGACAAAGUGUUUGUGACACCAUGUUAACAAAGACCUAGUCCGACAUAGCUAAGACAUCUUAGUGAAGCUGGUCGCUGUUCUCUCUGGCCAUACUGUUUAGGCUAUACGGCUUUAUUAUUUGUAUAUAUCAUCUAAAUGACUAAUAUCAUUAUUUAUCCUAUUUAUUGUUAAUCUUUAACUUGCACUACCGGUUACCAUAGUAUUACCAUAGUUACAUGUGGCACCAUUAGUUUAGAUCCUGCACAACUUAGUUACUUGAGGUAACCAUGGUAACUAGAAAUGGUUCACAUCAUAAAGUGGGGAGGGAUACAUUACAUGAUAAAUGUUUGACCUUGACCUUGACCUCAAUGGUUUUUUUAUAUGAUUCCCUGCACAUAUGGGUAACAAUAAAUGUACUAGACUAUCUUAAAUAUUGCUUGACACGGGCUUCAGGUUAUUAAUUAAGGUCCCGAGUGCCCUAAGAAAGUGAUUUUAACAAUUCAUCAUCAUUUGAUGAAUGCAUGCCCUCCCAUUUAUAUUAUUUUGUGAAGGUACAUGAUCUCACGAUACAUUACACUUAUUUUGAUCAAAAGACAGGUAGAUUGUUACACCCCUUGGACAUACCUCAAAUGGAUUAGCCCCAAAUAAAUAUAUAUCAUGUAAAACAUCAUAAAUAUUGUCACUGAUGCCCAAAUAUUUAACCACUGUAAACAUGAAUGCAUCCAAAAAUUCAAUUUCAUCAUUUCUUUUGUUAGAUACGAAAAGUAGUAGGCUGACCUUGACCUUGGUAAUGUUGACACUGUACACAUGAAGCACCUCAAACAUUAACAUUACUCCAUUGUCACAGCUAAUCGGAAACUUAAUACACAGUGAUGAUAAUCUAUAUAAUAUCCUCACAGGUGUCUUUGCGUAUAUACUACCCAAAGAAGUACAACAACACCUGAUUCUUUCACAUUACGGGGGCACGGGUGGCCCAGUCGUCUAAGGCGCCGCGUUUCGCUGUGCAGAGUUGCGUCCCCUGGACACGUCAGAAACCUAUGAUUGUGGGUUC